AUGAAUUUAGUUAUAAAAAGCUUAGUUUAUAACUUAGAUGCCCCACACGCGUGAGGGAUUUAUUUCCAAGACAGUGCUACUCCUCAAAUGGAAGGGUUAGUAGAAUUACAUGAUAAUAUUAUGUACUAUUUAGUAUUAAUAUUAUUUGCUGUAGGAUGAGUAUUAUUUUCUAUAGUAAGAUACUUUGUAGAAACUAAAUCACCUAUUGCUCAUAAAUAUUUAAAUCACGGUACUUUAAUAGAAUUAAUAUGAACUAUAACACCUGCUAUAAUAUUAAUAUUAAUUGCAUUCCCUUCAUUUAAAUUAUUAUAUUUAAUGGAUGAAGUUAAUGACCCUUCAAUGACUAUUUCAGUAGAAGGUCAUCAAUGAUACUGAAGUUACCAAUAUCCAGACUUCUUAGAUUCUAGUGACGAAUUUAUAGAAUUUGAUUCAUAUAUCGUGCCAGAAUCUGACUUAGAGGAAGGUGCUUUAAGAAUGUUAGAAGUUGAUAACAGAGUAAUUGUACCUGAAGAAACACAUAUAAGAUUUGUUAUAACUUCUGGAGACGUUAUACAUUCUUAUGCUGCUCCUGCUUUAGGUAUAAAAUGUGAUGCAUACCCUGGUAGAUUAAAUCAAGUUUCUGCAUUUAUUAACAGAUCUGGUGUAUUCUACGGACAAUGUUCUGAAAUAUGUGGAAUAUUACAUUCUUCUAUGCCUAUAGUAAUUGAAUCAGUAAGUUUAGAAAAUUUCUUAUCUUGACUUUUGUCGCAAUAA